AUGGAGUGGAUCGUGCCCGAGUUAGCAAUGCGGCCAGAAUUGGGCUUGGCUGUCAAUUAUAUGCAACAAAGCUUUACACCCCCACCUGUUGAGCGCACGUCCCGGCCAGAAGGUUCGCGUUCGGUAUCCCGUUCUCGGCAGGUCAGCCCACCAGAUCCCAAGGAGGUUCAUCUUGACACGGCGCUCUAUCAGAAGAAGAUUGACUUUAGGUCCUUGAGCCCCCCACCGAACUUCGACAUGCAGACGAUGCAGCAGGAGAUCAGAAGACUUGCUCAUGGCCAAGCCGACCUCCUGCAGAAACUCCGAGACCAACAAGCGCAAGUCAGCGUCAUGGAGUCGUCUACCCCUACUAUGCGAGAGUAUUCGGCAUUUGUGGUCCGAAAACAAGAUAUUGACGCAAGUGCCCUUCUCCCCCCGGCAGUUGACUCACCCGUGACCCUGUCACAACGUCUUUUGGCGCUCGAAGAGAUUACCCGGUGUAUUCAAGAUCAAGAUUUGGCUAGCCGUCCUCUGUCGGAGAAAAUUGCAAGUCUAGAGACCUCCGUUUGGUUUCAGGAAGAAAAAAUCACCGGAGCGACUCGCCGGAUGGACCGUAUUGAAGAGUCUGCCCACAUGCGUUGGAAGGAAACACAAGAAGAUUUGCAGUCCAUCCGAAGUGAUCACCAGAGACUGGAAGCCGAGGUGAGGGAAGCCGUCAAGACACUGGAGAACAAGUGGGAGACUACGCCAGCUGCGUUACAAGAGAGUCUCACCCGGGGCUUUGAGAAACUUGCAAGCCGCAUCGAAACUGCCGAGCUAACGCUCCACGACCUCACCAAAUCCGUCACUACUAUUUCGGAGCUCAACCUGCGGCUCGGUGCUCGCCAAUCAAGUCUGGAAUCGCUCAUUAUCCAGUUCCUCGGCAACAAGGAGAAGAAGCACACUGGCAUCAAUACCGAUCGCUCAGUCUCACCCGACCGCGGUCAGAAAAGCCAGCAGGUACAAGUCUCCCCGACCCCGGGUGUCGUUCUGCCAAACCCAGUUUCAACCGAUCACGCGCAAGUCUCUCCAACCCCGGCCGUCUUUCUGCCUCCAGCAUCUGAGAGCCCAGCGGUCCUUCUGUUGGCGCCAAACCCAAUUCCUCCAACCCGGGCAAGUUCGCCCGGUCCUUACAUUGGGGGUAAUAGGAAGUCACCUCGG